GAGAAGUGAACUCUCAUUUAGCAACAGCUGGUGUAAAUGAGCGACUCCGUGCUAAAUGGGAGUCAUCGCGGUUGCAGACAGGGAGAUUUAAGCGACGCGCAUUCCUGCACAGCGCUCAGAGCGGAGGGACGAGCAAGAGCCGCGGCGAAGCCCUCACCACCGCAACGCCUCUCUCCUUACCUCCGGGGCUCGGAGCUCCCCUCACAAACCCCUCGGUGGAGGCGAAAGGAAGUGCUGGGUGUCGCCCCGAACACACGCCGCGGUUACAUGUGCAGCAGCCUCGGCUGAAGAGGGAGCGGGAGGGGGGUUACGGCUGUGGCUGCGUGUUCUCGGACCGUGUCGAGCCGCGAUGUCGGAGUUUCUGGUGAGUCUGCUCGGGGAGCGGCUCGUGAACAGCGAGAAAGCCGAGGUGGACGUGCAGUCUCUGGGCGCGAGGCUCUCCCUGGUCGGGCUCUUCUUCGGGUGCAGCCUGAACGCCCCGUGCAAGCAGUUCAACGGAAGCCUGUGCGAGUUUUACAGCCGCUUCAAAAAGGCGUCCGAGCAUAAGGACAAGCUGGAAGUCGUCUUCGUGUCGUCCGACCAGGACCAGAAACACUGGCAGGACUUUUUGCAGGAGAUGCCGUGGCCUGCGCUACCUUUCAAAGACAGACACAAAAAGAUGAAACUAUGGAACAAGUACAAAGUAACCAGCAUCCCUUCGCUGGUGUUCGUGGAUGCAGCGACAGGAAAGGUGGUGUGUCGAAACGGCCUGCUGGUGGUGAGAGACGACCCUAAAGGUCUGGAGUUCCCCUGGGGGCCGAAGCCCUUCGCAGAGGUGGUGGCGGGGCCUCUGCUCCGGAACAACAGGCAGACGGCAGACAGCAGCUGUCUGGAGGGACACUAUGUGGGAGUGUAUUUCUCAGCACACUGGUGUCCGCCGUGUCGCAGCCUGACCCGAGUCCUGGUGGAGUCCUACCGAGUCGUCAAAGAGUCGGGUCACAAGUUUGAGAUCGUCUUCGUCAGCGCCGACAGGUCAGAAGAGUCUUUUAAGCAGUAUUUCAGCGAGAUGCCGUGGCUGGCCGUCCCGUACUCGGACGAGGCGCGGAGAUCUCGACUCAACAGGCUGUACGGGAUACAAGGUAUUCCCACGCUGAUCCUGCUGGACGCCGAGGGCCGUGUGAUCACGCGACAGGGCCGCGUGGAGGUGCUGAACGACCCGGAGUGCCGGCUCUUCCCGUGGCACCCGCGGCCCGUGCUGGAGCUGAGCGAGGCCAACGCCGUGCAGCUCCACGAGGGGCCCUGCCUCGUCCUGUUUGUGGACGCUGAAGAGGAAGGUGAACUGGAGCCAGCCAAGGAGUUGAUUCAGCCAAUAGCAGAGAAGCUCAUGGCCAAAUAUAAAGCCAAGGAGGAAGAGACGCCGCUGCUGUUCUUUGUUGCCGGAGAGGACGACAUGAGCGACUCGCUGCGGGACUACACCAACCUCCCAGAGGCGGCGCCCCUGCUCACCAUCCUGGACAUGUCGGCUCGUGCCAAGUACGUCCGCGACGUGGAGGAGAUCACGCCGGCCGUGGUGGAGCAGUUCGUCAACGAGUUCCUGGCUGAAAAGCUCAAACCAGAGCCCAUCUAAAAGAGAGGCUUUGAGCAGGAAAUGGACAUGCAGAAUGAGACUGUCGCUCAACCCAGAUCCGUUCUCUCUCUCUCACACAUACACACACACUCGCCUCCUCUCUCCGUCUCCCCUGCUCUCAUUCACCUCCACUCCUGACUGUUAGAAACAAAUGUCUCCUUACGGACAUUUUGACCAUGUUUUUUUUAAAAGUCCUUUUCCUCUCUUUAUGGAGUCCUCUCUUUCUCCCGUGGUGCCUUGCAUAGUCCAUACAGUACGACGGCGUGUUGGGGCCAUUGCAGAUAGAGGGGAGGGGGGGGAGAAGAGUACAUUUCUGCCCAAAAUCUCAAAAAUUUUGAGAUUAAUUCCUGAAAUCUUCUAGAAAAAAUAUGGAAAUUUCUGAGUUUGAAAAGUGUAAAAUUUUCCACUUUCAAAAUGAGUUUGAAGAGUUGAAAAUCUUCUACAUUGAAAGUUUUUCUACCAAUUUUUUUGACUUUUCAAACUCAAAUUUCUUUGGGGGUUUUUUUCUAGAAAACUUUUCCGAUUAAUCUCAAAAUUUGAGUUUUUCUACCAAAUUUUCAACUUUGGACCUCAGAAAUGUCCUUGUUUUUUUUUGGUUUUUUUAGAUAUUUUCAGAUGUUUUGGUGGAAAUGUACUCCUUUUUUUCUGUCUACAAUGGCCCUACUACACCAUCAUAAUACAGUAAUAUAUAAGGAUAUUCUGUUUUUGUCUUUUUUAUAUAUAUAUACACACAUUAGCAUUUUUUUGAGACGUGGAGACAACCUGAGAAUCGAUACAGUGGACCUACUUAUUGAAGCUGAUGCUUUGCUUUCUAAUCUCACUGCAAGAUCUGUGUUGCUUUUGGUUUCUGUAUGAUGCUGAGAAAGAAUAAAAAUGCAGUCAUGUGGUAAUUCACCUGUAUAACAGAGGAUCGGAUGGAUGUAGCUGUAGGCCUAUUUAAACAAAACCGUGAUGGGUGCUCACUGUAAUCGGCGUGCAGCUCACUGCCAAACGACUCGCCGGGUGUUCAUGCUGGUUUCAUCUCAAAGUCGUUUUGAGGAUUUUCUGUGAAGGUCCCCGAAUGGGGAAAAAAAAAAUGGACGGGAUAUUUCUACGAUCACAAAAAGACAAGAGGCAGUUUUGAGAAGCGUCGAAUGUAUAAACUCUUAUAUUCUGUUACUCCAGUCAUGACUUCUCUAACACAUUAAAACUCACUGGCAAGUA